ACUUCAUGUUGAAUGUCAGCUUAGUUCGAGUAACACUGUGGUUUAAAAAUAGCUGAUCAGACUGGAUUUAUAAGGAAACUACAGUGAAGGCGCUUAAAGCUGAAACUACAGUGAUGACAUUUUGGUCUCCUCCCAUUAACUGACACAACAAACCGGUCAAAUCAGACAGACAACUUCACAAGUUCUGCGUGUUAAACAGUUUGUCGGAUUAAUUCUUUACACAAGGAAACUCACGAGUCUAAAUUCACUAAAUUUUAACUACAGUACUUAUAGUCAUCAAAGAAAUAAGCAAAUUCAUCUCCAGUCAGAAUGGACCCCAAGAAGAAUAAUGUCUUUUCCAAACUGCGAGAUAAAACCAAGCCCCUGUUUAAUGUGAAGGUGGGGAAGAAAGCUAAGAAGACUCCCCUGAAAUACAGGAGGAGCAUUUCAGUACCAGACUUGCGUUGUGAUCAGUCCAUGCCAUCUCUUCUAGACUCAACUGUUCAGUCUUCAUUCCCAGACUCAUUUGUUGGACCAAUGCCUGUAUUGGUUCAUGAUGAAACAAAGUAUGAAACCUCUAGCCUAACUGAUAGUCUCACUGCCACAGACACAACAUUAUCUGCAAAGACCACUGACUCAUACGCUGUCCCAGAAUCCCCAUUUUCAAAAAAGGUUCUUGGGAUGUACAGUGCUUCAGUCACUCCUUUGGAUCAAAUUAUUACCCCAAAUACAGGCCGGAACCUGGACCCGUUUACUCCCCUGUACACACCACCAGCAAGCAUGUGUUCAGCAUCAGAGAGGCCAGCAUUUAUCAGUGUACCUGCUACAAAGGAUAAACCAGACAAACGGAUGGAGGAUCGGGAAAAAAACACCAUAUGGUACAUAGAGGACAGUGAGUCAGCUUGUAGCACACCAUCUGAAGACCGUUCCUACAUCUGGCCUGAGCAUGAGCUGACAGUGUUAGAGCCCUUUACACCAAGGUCCACAGAGAUGUUUAUCAUCGGAUCAGCUGAGGACAAGAACGAAAUUACCAACGAGACCAAUGACUAUGACACCAAUUUCGCAGGAAGAGAAAUUAAAAGCUCAGGAUUAAGCAGUGAAGCCCAGGUUACUCCAGCAGGUCAGAAACUUCAUUAUCUCCUCACCAUCAACUUGAAGGAGGGAAGAAACCUGGCCAUCAAAGACCGCUGUGGUACCAGUGACCCGUAUGUCAAAUUCCAAAUAAAUGGCAAGACAGUCUACAAAAGCAAAGUUGUAUACAAGAACCUUAAUCCUGCGUGGAACGAGUGUUUCUCCAUGUCUAUCAGGGACCUUGAACAGAAUGUCUAUGUUAAGGUGUACGACCGGGAUUUGAGAUCUCGGGACUUCAUGGGUUCAAGCACCAUCAGUCUCAGUAACUUGGAGUUGGACAAAACAUCUGAGAUGAUCUUGCGUUUGAAAGACCCUGGCAGUCUGGAAGAAGACAUGGGAGUAAUAAUCUUAGACGCCUGUGUGUCCAUCUGUGAGGGGCCCACCAAACGAAAUAAAUGGCCACUUAAGAGGAAAGGAAGCUUCAAUAAGGGUCAGCUUCGAGCGGCUGCCAUGCAGAAAAGCCAAGUGUGGAAUGGGGUAUACACUGUGGUGCUUGUGGAGGGGCAGGACAUGCCUGAAGGUGGCCAAGGGGAUGUCUUUGUCCGCUUCAAACUGGGGGAUCAGAGGUUCCGAAGUAAGAAUCUGUGCAUUAAAACCAAUCCACAGUGGAGGGAGAAGUUUGAAUUCAACCGUUUUGAGGAUGGACAACCAGAUGUGCUGCUGGUCGAGCUCUACUGCAAGAAGGGCAGAAAGUGUGAAGAAUGCUGGGGCGUGAUUGAACGUGAUCUCUCACAGCUGCCAGCCAAUACAACACAGACAUUCAAUAUGAUUACAGGCAAAGGUCGGCUGGUGUUUCUGGUCACACAGCACCCCUGUUCUGGAGUCUCUGUCUCUGAGAUGAGCUCCACAUCCUUAGAAAAUCCAAGCACCUAUGAAAGCACACUCAAGAAAUAUAGUCUGAAGAACACACUGGAUAAUUUACAGGAUGUUGGCUAUCUCCAGGUCAAGGUUUUACGGGCUACAGACCUUUCAUCUACAGAUCUGAAUGGUAAGAGUGACCCAUUUUGCGUGCUGGAACUUGGGAACAGCAAGCUGCAAACUCAAACCAUCUAUAAGACCCUCAAUCCAGAAUGGAGAACAGCAUUUACACUUCCAGUUAAGGAUAUCCACGAUGUCCUUAUGCUGACAGUUUUUAGUGAAGAUGGAGACAAAGCACCAGACUUUCUGGGGAAAAUUGCUAUUCCUUUGCUUACUGUUUCUAAUGGACAACAAGUAACCAGUCUUUUGAAAAAGUACAAUUUGGAAGACACUUCGAAAGGAAGCAUUACACUGGAGAUGAAAAUUUUCUAUAAUCCAGUCAGAGCUGCCAUCCGUACCUUCCACCCCAAAGAAACAAAACUUGACGAGGAUAAUCCAAAGUUCAAUAAGAAGCUGCUAGCACGCAACAUUUACCGCGUGAGGAGGAUCAGCAUGGCCAUUCUGUAUACGCUGCAGUACAUUAAGAGCUGCUUUCAGUGGGAGAGCACUCAGAGGAGCAUCAUUGCUUUCCUGAUCUUUGUAUUGACAGUGUGGCACUUUGAGCUGUUCAUGUUGCCUCUCUUCCUCCUGCUGCUCAUCGGCUGGAACUAUUUCCACAUCACGGCAGGCGUGGGCAGCCACAGUCAGGACCUGGAGAGCACUUCUGCUGCAGAGGAAGAAGAUGAAGAUGAAAAGAGGACUGAGUUUAAGGAAGAUGAUGUGUUAUUGCUUUCUGACUGUGGAAGUGUGAAGCUCCGAGCCUGUGAGCACUGACCCCGGCACUGUGUGGCUUCAGGCCCAGGAUUCAUAUCCAUAAAGUGCUAAAUAUAUUCAGUUGCAAUGACUGCAGGCAAGUUUCAUCUUCAGAGAGGAACCGCUCUGCUGAAAGCAGGUCUCUCUUCCAAAUACAGAGCUGAACAGCUAAUUCAAAGAUGAUGCGCAAUAUAUAUGUGUUCGUGCCCAGCAGCCAGGCAAUUGUGAUAAAUCUUGGACGGAGAAAAUAAUGUUAUUUGAACCCAAAGAAAUAGUGAUAUUAGAAUUGCAGGAGGUAUAUGAGUACUGAAUGUACAUUCAAUUUAUAUGUGUUUGCCAUGUUGACUUGAAAAUAACAUCAGCUUAUUUUAUUAUCCAGCAAUUUGUUUAAUUUGUUUCAUAUUUAGCAGUAAAGAAACGCUGACAGCUCAGAUCCUACUGCCAAUGAGCAGAGAUUGUUUUUAAUAUCAGAACUAAUGGAUUCAUUUCUCCUCAGACACUUACUGUUUCCAAGCACUUUCACAUUAUAUGAAAAUUAAAUGUGUCCUUUUAAUUUAGCCAAUUAAGCAAAAUAAUUGGUUUAUCAUAAACUUUUAUCAGUUUAAUGGACCUAAUUGGCUCAAAAGCUGUAACUUAAAAAUUCUAUAUAAUAUAGGCAGAUUAAAAAGCAGAGCAUUCCACCCUCUAUGAAAGCAUGGAAAUAAAUAAAUAAAUGAAUGAAUAAUAAGUAAAACGAAUAAAAGCUAGAAGGUUACAGCUACCACUUUUGAUGUCUUUUUUUUCCUGCACGGAAGACAGUAUGUAAACUUCAGUAAAAGAAAGCCUAAAGGAGUUUUAAAAAAAUUGGCCUUUGAACAAAAAUCUAUCCUGGGGUUAUGAGAGAUCAUGUACAAUCAUGUGUGAAGGCAAUAAGAUGUCCCUUUGGCCUUAGGUAACAGUCAUAUUUUGCAGAUCGACGCUGGUAUAAUCGCAUCAGCAAACGAGAGGAACAGAGAAAAUAAUUCCCUGAUUCUGUGUCCCAGAUAACUGGGAGGCAUUGUGGUCUGGUUGGGGAGGAUCACACAGAAAGAGAACUGACCGAAACCUGUAAUAUGCACACACAUACACACACAAAAUCCAACCCACCCCAUAGAAUUAACUGUAAUAUUUCUGCCCUUUCCACCCCUGUCAGUUUCCUCCAAUGUGUCACCUUCAUCAUGAAGCACAAGGACAUAAUGCUGAUAGUAGAUCCAUAUGGUAUACUCUCGGACACUCUGAGCCUCGCGGCUUCUGUUUUGUAAUUCCUUUUGUUCCCAUUUGUGUUACAUUUGUGAACCCCAAUCCACAUGCAUUUUAAUUAUCUGUACAUGGCUUAAGGCUUUGUGAAAUAAGCGAAUAAUGCUGAAAUUGUCCUUCACCGUUUCCUUUUCAAUUUUAAUUUGACUCAAAACCCUUGUGAAUUAUAUCUCCAGUAUUUAUAUCUAUUUCUUAAAUCAGCUCAAAUGGCACAGGUUUCUAAUCAGUAGAAUUGUCAAUAGAAUAUAUCACUGGGAAAAUGACUGUUGUUCUUGUGAAGUUUGGUUUUUCAAGGAGCUUAAAUCAAUACACAGAUUAAAACAUGUAAUCAUGAAGUGAGUAAUGUUAUCUGUUAACUGUUAUUUCCUUCGGAGUGUUUUGUAAGAUAAAUUGUAAGAACAAGAAGAGCCUAUUGAUGAGUUUAACAUGUUUCAAUCAUUCUGUGUUCUUUUAAACCCCAUUAGACCUAAACAUAUAACACACAGUCAGUGAGUUCUACAUUGGGAAGCCACAUAUGUAAAAGUCCACGUGGUUGUCAAAAGACAGAGAAUUUAAGAGAUUUAGUUCACUUUUGUCACAUUUCACUUCUGUAGGACAAAUACAUUUUCUUCAAAUAUACAAUUCAGUCUUGAUGUAAGCUUAAACAAAACAGAUUGGUCCCAAAGUGCAAGGGAGCAUAAAACAUGGCAUUUUGUCUGGGUUGCACCCUGGUUUCAGUAUGUUGUAGACAUAACGAGUGUUUGAAUGGCUAGUUUCCUCUGGUUUCCUGUGUCUAAGGGAAUUAAAAAUGACUGUAAGUCUUGUUUUUCUCUCCCAGGGGCUGAUAUAGACUCUCAUUGCACUGUCUGGGGAAAGAGACUGCUUUUUAAACACAAACACAGACACCACUCAUCCUCCCCUCAAUCACAUGCCUCGCCUACCCACAUCCCCCACUCUUUGACUCGCCACUCUCUCUAGAUGUCAUUAUUCCUGUCAUUAUUCUGUCCUUUUGAUGUAGGGCUUCUUGGCUCCCUUUAGCUUACAUUACUCCUGUUA